AUGAAUUACAUCUACACCAAAAUCCACCUCCACCUGUUUCGCCAAAUCCUGGACCGGCCCCUGUUCAAGCGUGGCAACGCCACAGUGAAGAAGGAGCUGGCCCUUCACGUGAGCGUCUUCACCCAUCGCCACGGAGACGUGUUCAUUCACAAGGGCGAGGUGGUGCAUGCUCUCCACAUGGUCAGCAGCGGAGCGCUGCAGCAACACAAUGGAAAACAACUAGUUGUGGGCGACUGCAGCGUCCACUCUCUGAGUCUGGAAGCUCUGCAGAGAGUCUUGGACCUGUUCCCACAGUGGGGCAUGGAGUUCUACAGGGACCUGCAACUGGACCUGAACCUCGACAUCUGCCCCGAGACCAUGGAUGAUUUCUUCGACUGCCACACGGACUCCACCGCGUCUGUGUGA